AUGCUCCGAAACUUGGAUACCAGCCAGUUUCGAAAUCUGCUUGAUGCUUACAACGUCAUCUGGUUAACGGGGGCGCUACCAUCCUCGUGGGGAAAAGCCUUAGUGAUUCCCAUCCACAAGAAGUGGAAGCCGGAGUCCGAGCCUUCAUCGUACCGACUGGUUUCGCUCACUUUGGCCGUGGGGAAAACAUUCCAAGCUAUGGUGCGCCCGCUACUUCAAUGGAUCGCUUCUGCUCUAGAUUUCCUCGCGGCUGAACAGUCCGGUUUCAGAGCACAUCGAGCGACAGCGGACUCGAUCUCGGACGUCAUGAGCCUUCUUGAGGAACCCAAGCACCGUGGGGAGGCGGGAUACCUCCUGCUUUACGACGUCAAGAGUGCGUUUGACUCGCUCCCACACAUUACCAUCCUCGACGGCAUCCGUGAGAUGCGUGUGCGCGGGAACAUGCUCCAAUACGUCGAGGCUUUCCUCAGUGGCCGGUCUUUUCGUGUGCGCGUUGCCAGCGAACUCAGCGGUCCUCGGGUGGUGUCAGCGAGUGUGCCGCAGGGCAGUGUGUUGAGCCCCUUUCUCUUCAAUGCAGCUCUCGCACGCCUCACCGACCACAUCCCGCGCAACACUGGUUACGAGGUGCGUGCUGCUGUUUACGCUGACGACAUCGCGCUCUUCUCCAGUAGCCCCACCCUUCGUGGUCAACAAGUCCACGAGGAACUCCAAGCUGUAAUUCAUGCAGUGGACGGUUUCAUCACAGGCAUCGGUCUCCAGCGCUCAGCCGCCAAGACGGAGGCCAUGCACGUCCACCCGAAGCGCACGAGGUGCUUCGUCUGUCCGCAGUUCGUCCUUCGCGGCCACCGGCUGCCGUGGAAGCGCAAUAUGCGCUAUCUUGAUCUUACAAUAGACCACCGGCUUAGCUGGAGGCCCGCGCUGGCAUCCAUUCGCAGCGACACAAGGAGGAUUGGCGGCAUGGCCUCCUGCAUCCUCGCCAGUGGCAGGGGCUGCUCGCCGGACAUCGCGCUGCGUUUCUUCAGCUCGGUAGCGUCGGCCAGGGUCUUCUAUGCCGUCCCGCUCGUCGCGCUACGACCCGCGCAAUGGGACGCGCUGGACAUCCUCCACCGUGGCGUCGUACGCCGCCUGUAUGCCCUGCCGCGCUCGUCGCCGAUCGGCCCCACCCUGGCGGAGGCUGGCGAGACGUCCCUCUCACUCCGAGCGAGAGGCAGUGCGUUGCGCCACAUACACCGCAUGUACCUCACGCCCAAGGGACGACGCCUGGCUGGACGACUCCUUGAUCGUCGCCACUCGGGCAUGGGUCGCUUUGGAGAUCCCGGCCUCGAGAUCAAGACCACCAUUCCCGGCAUCAGAUCUAAAAAGCACACACCCCAGUCUGCUCUCCACCAGGAGACUGUCGCGAUGAUAGAGGAGUGGCUCGCCGGCCGAGUUCUACUGUACACUGACGGCUCAGUCACAGCGGACGGUUCGGCAGCAGCCGCUUGUUUCGCCCCAUCCCUCGGCCUCCUCACAGCAGCGGUGUGUGACUCCCGCGCCACCCUCCUCACACUUGCCCGCGGAGAACGCGGCGCUCCCGUUGCGCAACGGCUCGCGCGGAAGUUCGCGGUGAUCGUGCGGAAUGGUUGUGAUGUUGUGUUCCAGUGGGUGCCGUCUCAUGUUGGACUACUCGGAAACGAGACAGCGGACGCACUCGCCAAGGAGGCUCACCACCCUAGCACAUCCAUUUCAUCGUUCAUCCGCGCGAGCAAUGUUGCGCACCUUCGUAUUGCGCGCCAUGUGCACGCUUUACACCCGGACUCACGUGUGGCUACAGGAAACCCCCCGCGACCGCUGCCGAGGACCGGCAUCAGCAGGCGUGCCCGGGCUUUCUUGCUUCGGCUUUGCACCAACUGUUCCCGCACCGCUGCGAGGCGGUUUUGCUUCACCAACAGCGGGAGCCCUUCGUGUGCCGAAUGCCCGGCAGAAGAGACCGCCGAGCACAUCCUGCUUCAGUGCCCCGGCUACACUGAACAACUUCGGUGGCUCUACGACACCUACGGUCGUCUGGGGCUGCCACACAUGAGCCUCGACCACCUCCGGUUUCCCCAGACCCACCGCUCGAGGCUGAUGCAGGCCUUCGAGGCCCUAUUCGAGUUUUUCGGUGACGCUGCCCUCAUCGCGCGCCUCUAG